AUGUCUCCAUCGCUGUCCUCGCUACCUGGAGAGCUUAUAAUCGAGAUAAUGGAUAACCUGGACAGUCCUUCCAUCCUUCGGAUGGCACUUUGCAAACACAUCCGUUAUGUCUACGAGCUCGGUCUGAGCUACAUGCGAGACAACGGAUCGGGCAAGUCGAUUGAUGAGCUGCUCACUGCUUUCCGAUAUCAGCGAAGGGCGUGGGCAGCCCUCGAAUGGAAGCGCUUUGAAACCGUGAAGCCUCCACCAACCCUGGCACGUUUCCAACAAUCCUCUGGGAUAUUGACAAGGAAAGAUAGGAACCACCUUUUCGUCAUCUAUCUACCAUCCUCGACUCGACCUAUCCGUACUGUCCAGCACAUAUUUCACAGCAUGACUGAUAUCCGUGAUUAUGCCAUCGACGCAAACCAGGAUCUUGUCAUUUUGAGAGAUUCCGGAGAUUCGCCGCCGAAUACACGGUGUUUCCGCCUUCAUUGUCGGAUGAUCUCGACGGGCCUUGUCCAUCCCAAAGCGGUUGUAGGGGGCAUCCUUAAUUUCACGAUACAUGGGGAGCACCCAAUUAACCACCAAGGGCUUGUAAUCUCGAAAGUUCGGCUUGCAGAUGACGUCGUCUCCCUUUCUGGGUAUUGGCGAAAGGGUUUCCAUCUCUGGCUUUGGAAUUGGACUACGGGUCUCCUACUCUUUACCUCAUUCGAGAAUGGGUUACCAGACUGCCCCCUCAACCCCGAUUUUGAGUUGCUCCGGCGAGACGCCUUCAUCCUGACCUCGAAAACUUCAAGUGGCGAGAUAGUCGUUUACAAGUUUUCUCCUACUGUGCCCGGAAUACCCGUCCACGUGGCCUCGUUCGCACUGCCGCCCACUGCACCACAGAUCACUGUGAUAUCUAUACACAUUCAUUCGGGGGAAUUCCAGCCACGGUCCACACCAGGGUCUCUGUUCAUGCAUUUGCCUGACUCAUGGAUCCUCAUGUUUCGCAUCAGCUACACCGACCAGCCCUAUUCGGUCUUCGUCCGCGCUUCGACUCUUCUGAAGUACCUUGACGACUUUGCACCUGGCGAUGAGGCGCAAGGUGUGCCAUGGGAAAAGUGGGGAGAGAAGGAGAGCCGGUUCAUGCCCGGCGUGGGUUCCAGUGGUAAUUGGCCGCGUCUUCAUGGGAGUCGUGUUGUGUACAGAACGCCUGACAGAACGGGCGUCGGGGUGCUAGAGUUUUCCAACGCUACAUUGGGUCUCAGUUCCGAUUCUCCUAUCUGCAAGCGCUAUGGACCAGACAAUCCGACUGUCCUGCCAUGUAAAGCCAUAUUUUUGCAAGAUGUCGUUACUCGCCUCCCGUAUCACACAGUCUCGAAGGCGAUGGAGGGGGACCCACCACACACAUAUGUGAUCGAUGAGGAACACCUCAUCGCGUUCGGUGUAGGUCCCUUCCUAAACCCCCGACCGAGUGUUGCUGAUUCUUUGGGAUCAGACUCGAACAAAUGGAUUUAA